AUGGGAUCAAUAAUCUUUCUACUUGUUUAUGUUGACGACAUCAUCAUCACAAGUAACAAUCCUAAACUAAUAGAGCAACUCAUUGGAACUCUUGCUGUUCAAUUUGCACUUAAGGAUUUGGGACAACUUUGGUACUUCCUGGGCAUACAAGUUCAUUACUUAGAGUCUGGUCUUCUGAUAAAUCAAUCCAAGUAUGUGGAUGAUCUGUUGCAAAAAUUUCAAAUGACUGAUGUGAAACCAAUGUCAUCACCAAGUGUACAAGGCAGAAAACUAUCCAAGAACGAUGGACAGCCCAUCUCUAAUGCAUACAUAUAUCGUAGCACCAUAGGCGCUCUUCAAUACCUAACACACACACAAACGGACAUCACCUAUGCAGUCAACCAGCUGAGUCAAUUCCUUCAAACACCAACUAAUGUACACUGGAAGUCGGUUGCUGCCUACUGCACAUUUGUAAGGAAUAACAUUGUCUCAUGGUCAUCAAAGAAGCAAAUGGUCGUUGCACGAUCGAAUACAGAAUCUGAAUACAGGGCACUAGCUCAUGCUACAUCCGAAGUCCUCUGGCUUCAACAACUACUCAGUGAGAUGGGAUUAAAAACAAAUGCUCGACCGACCAUAUAG